UGUCAUGGGGCCCAGGAUCCGAAUCUGACAUGGCUCAAAACUCCUCCAGCCAAUAAAAAUUUUACACGUGGCAUUAAUCUAAAAUUUUGCAAUUUAUGGUGUAAACAAUAGUUUUCCUCGUUCAUCCGCAGACCAUUUUUAAACUUGUGAAGCCGCCGACUUCCUUAUCGUGCUACAAUACGUUUUCUUCUCCGAAUCCCUUGAUUUCCCUUUUCUUUUCUCUCUUGAGAAUAAAUUUUUGGAAAUAGAGAUUCCACUAACAAUCCGUGAUUUUGCGGGGGAAUUUCAGACCUCAUUGCCGUUCUUCUCCCUCCUCAAUCCGUGUACCUCUGGUGUGUGUGGGUGUUCUUUCUUCCAUUUUCUGAUGCUACUUAGAGAUGGAUGAUUCAAGUAGGGCUGAUCUUGUAAGCUUCCUCAAAGUUAUUCCCCCUGUGGAUUUCUGCUGCAUAUAUGGCUCAACACUCCAUCCAAGCAAUCACGAUAAGUCAACGAUGGUAGAUUACAUUCUUGGCGUGUCAGACCCCCUGCAAUGGCAUUCUGAGAAUCUUAAAAUGAAUGCAGAUCACUAUGCAACGUGGAUGGUGCUGCUUGGUGGGGCAAAACUGAUUACUGAAGUUGCUGAUGAAAUAGGUGUUGGGGUACACUUCAAUCCAUUUGUUACUUGGAAUAACAAGAUGCUAAAGUAUGGGGUUGUUCGAAUGCACAACUUGGUCCAUGACAUACUGAAUUGGGAGAGAUUUUACUUGAGUGGCCGUUUACAAAAACCAGUAAACAUUCUUUUGGAUAAUCUGGACAUUGAAAAUGUAAACUCUGUUAAUUUGAGGGCUGCACUGUCUGUGGCUCUUCUCCUUUUACCUCCCAAAUUCACUGAGGAAGAUCUGUAUGCCAAAAUAUGUAGCCUCUCAUACAUGGGUGACUUGCGUAUGCUUUUUGCAGAGGAUAGAAACAAGGUGAAAAAAAUUGUCCAUGGGCAAUUUUAUUCAUUCCAGUCCAUGUAUAAGCCAUUUCUUGAGGAGUAUGAGGGCCAAGACUUCUUGAGGUCGUCAUCAUCUGGAAGUCACCAGGCAUACAUAUUGCAGGUUGGAAACCAAAAUUGGUUGUAAAUUGUAUUCUUACAUCUCUAACUUCCCAAAGUGUGCUUGACAUUUUUCUGUCAUGUAGAAGUAAAAUUCUUGAGUGCAGUGUUUAACUUUUGAACUCUUUUAAUAUUCAAUGUUGUAUGAUAUGAGGUCAUAUUGCAUAUUUUGCUUAUAUGUGCAUUCUUGACGAAGCAGUCUUGAUGAACUUGCACCCAGUGAGCCAACAUCAUUAAAAAACAUUUUUAUUA